AUGUUUGGUCUCAUUCCGCUUCUCUUGACUGCACUCGCCAGCGCAUAUCCCAACCAGGGUCCUUGCACAGGCAAUUGCUGGGCCCAUGACCCUGCCAUGAUCCAGCGUGUGUCUGAUGGCAAAUACUACCGCUUUUCGACGGGUACUGGGGUUAGUAUUCAUAGCUCGCCAUCAAUAAAGGGCCCCUGGAAAGAUCUUGGCUCGGCAUUGCCAGAUGGGUCCACGAUUACCGUCGACGGCGUGGACAGCAAAAACAUCUGGGCCCCUGAUGUUCACUACCAGAACGAUCAGUACUACAUGUAUUAUGUCCUGUCGAAGAUCGGUACCCAGAACUCACAGAUCGGUGUAGCAACAUCAAAGACCAUGGAUCCUGGUAGCUGGACAGACCACGGUUCCGUUGGCCUCCCUGCAAACGACAAUUACAACCGCAUCGAUCCUGCCUGGAUCACCAUCGGUGGCAAGGACUUCAUGAACUUUGGCUCCUUCUGGGGCGAUAUUUUCCAGGUUCAGAUGGAGACUCCAUUGAAAGUUGGCGGCGCAUCUCCCUACCAAAUCUCCUGGAAUGCUACCCUCAACCACCGCGAGGAGGGCUCGUACGAGUUCAAGCACGGUGACUACUACUAUCUUCUCUACUCCGCUGGCAUUGCGGGCAGUUAUACAAAGACAUUCCCUGCUGAGGGUGCUGAGUACCACAUUCGUGUUUGCCGAUCUACGACCGGUCUUGGUGAUUUUGUUGAUGCUGACGGAAAAUCCUGUAAGGAGACCGGUGGCACGAUGCUCCUCUCCAGCCACGACCAAAUCUUUGGACCCGGUGGCCCUGGUGUGGUCAAUGACAAAGACCUCGGAGUGAUUAUGUACUACCAUUACUACCCACUUUCCACCAAGCAGAGCACCACAGAAUCCAACAGCGCGAACUACAGAUUCGCGUGGAACGCCCUCGGCUGGGAGAACGGUUGGCCUUUUGUGAAGGCCACUUAA